AUGUCUGAUGACAGUCUUGUCCCCCUGCCCCAGGGAGCUGGGUUCAUGGUUGCCAACCGCAGUGUCGGGACUGGACUGACAGCUUCGGCGGUCAUAUCGUCGUGGAUGUGGGCAACUGCAAUCAUCUGGACGGCUGCUCAGGGCUAUCUCUACGGCAUUGCGGCGCCGUUUUGCGCUGAUGACUGUCCUGGCGAUCCACGCCAAAGUGAAAGUGCCAAAUGGUCACACCGUCUUGGAGAUCGUCCGACUCCGGUACGGGACGACUGCGCAUCUGAUCUAUAUCUUUCUGUGCUUCGUCACCAAUCUGCUCUCGGUGACUGCCAUGAUUCUGGGCGCUGCCGGGGUGAUCACUGCGUGACGGGCAUGCAUAUCAUCGCAUCGACCUUCUUGCUGCCUCUGGGUGUGGUGGUCUAUACCGUUGCAGGAGGGUUGAAGGCGACUUUCUUGACGGACUAUGUUCACACCCUCAUAGUGAUGAUCCUCUGCUUUCUCACUGUGAAAGCGUUCAACAAUCCUGCCAUCACCGACCUCAACUCCUUCUACGACGUCCUGGUCGAAGCGGCCAAGACCCGAAACGUUGAAGGCAACUACCAAGUGAUUCGCGUUUCGCACUGGACGGUCAUCAUCUUCGGCUUCUUCGCUUCCGCAUUCGCUACCGCGUUGCACUACGGCGGCAUCGAUCUGAAUUGGAUGGGGUACUUUCUGGCGACGAUCAUCUGCCCGGGGAUGUUUCCGCUGGCGUUUACGAUCCUGUGGAAGAAGCAGUCUGUUGCGGCUGCUGUCAUUGCGCCUCUUCUCGGUCUGCCACAAGACUUCGACUGGCGCAUCUUCCUCCUCCUCAACGCCGUCAAGGACGAAGAUUCUCCCGACGACAGCGAGUCCAGCGACAACGGCCGGGUCGCCGUUCUCGAGACCAAGGACCUGGACAGCGUACAGCACCCUUAUUCACCGGAGACGCUCAAGCGGAUGAACCGCGCCGCCAUGAUCGCGAGCAUUUUCAGCGCCGUCGUCGGCCUCGUCACAUAG